AGCUUCCAGAAACACAGAAUCACACACGGACACACACCCACACUCAUAACCGUGUUUUAAACGGGGGCAAUCACCCUCCACCACCGCGACUGCUGCACCAUCAUCCCGGGGAAAGUGUCCAUGUGUUGGGGUUAGCUCUGGUCUAGCCUCGGCCUGGAUCCGCUGGUUUGAUGGAUGCUGCGACGGCGCUCAGUCCAACGGAGGAGCUGUCUUUGGAGGAGAUACUAAAGCUCUAUAACCAACCCAUCAACGAGGAGCAGGCAUGGGCGGUGUGCUUUCAGUGCUGCCGGUCCAUGGCGAAGGAAAACCGGGCCUCCAGGAGGAGCUCUACCGGGAUCGGAGCAUCCUCAGCCGCGUCCCCGGGAAAGAUUUCAGGGCCACGGGAUGUUAUGAUACUCAAAGACGGAUCUAUACGCGUGGAGCACCAGACAUGUCAAGGUAAAUUCAGCCCUUGCACAACAGCGGAGGCGAUUGAGUCUCUGGGGAUCAUGAUCUACAAAGCACUGGACUUUGGUCUGAAGGAGAAUGAAGAGCGAGAGCUGAGCCCACCUCUGGAACAGCUCAUCGACCUCAUGACCAACAUGGCCGACUCUGACCCCUGUCCUGAUGAAGGAUAUGAGGCGACAGAGGAAGAGGACGAGGGAGAGGAAGGCUCUGAGGGGGUUUACUGUGUCCAUGGAUACAGAGACAUACUCAAGUUGUGUUCUGCUCACCUGCCCAGCUUGUCAGAUGCCUCCUGUCACUACCAGGCUGUGUGCAGGGCGCUUUACACUGAAACAAGGGAAUUGCGUACAUUUUUGGAGAAGAUCAAAAGUGCCAAAGAAAAUCUGCGUAAAAUGGAGGAAGAUUCCUCGGAGGAGCCUGGCCAAGAGCUCAAUGAACUACAAAACGCUGACUGGGCGCAUUGCUGGGUGCAGGUGAUGCGGAACCUUCGUGAUGGGGUGAAGCUAAAGAAAGUGCAGGAGCGCCAGUACAACCCUCUGCCCAUUGAGUACCAACUUACCCCCUAUGAGAUGUUAAUGGACGACAUCCGCUCCAAAAGAUAUAAAUUGCGCAAAGUCAUGGUGAAUGGGGACAUUCCUCCCAGAUUGAAGAAAAGUGCCCAUGAAGUCAUUCUGGAGUUCAUCAGAUCUAGACCUCCUCUGAAUCCUGUCUCGGCGCGUAAGUUGAAACCCCCAGAGCAGCCUCCUCCCACACUUCAUGAGCGAAUCCUGGAGGAGAUCAAGUCUGAGAGGAAACUGAGGCCUGUGUCACCAGAUAUGGUCCGCAAAGGCAGGCUAGACGAGUUCAGUCCCUACAUGGGUAGGAGGGUGUCCAGUACUCUGUCACUGCUGAAUGGGGCCGGUGCAGCAGAGGGCAAUCUGAAGAUCGAGGCCCCAGGAUCCCAGUCAGCCCCUCAGAGGAAGAGGCUGCUCAAGGCCCCCUGUCUGUCAGAACUUGACAGUUCAGAUUCAGAUGAUGACAUGUUUUUACGGACAUCAGCGAGCAGCUCGAGUGUGGCCACAUCAAUGAUGGAUGAUACAUCACCAGAAUCAGUUAUCAGCAAAAAAACCCCCCCCAUGUUCUUGCCGAUUUCAUCCACUCCUCAGCCUGAGAGACGCAAGACACCUCAGAGAAGGCACUCCAUAGAAAAAGAAACACCCACCAACGUCAAACUGUUCCAGCCCCCCUCCAGACAGAGCUCCAAGUCUCUGGAGGAGUUUUGUUUUCCAGUGGAGUGCCUGUCUCUCACUGUGGACGAGGUGAUGCACAUUCGACAGGUUUUGGUCAAAGCUGAGCUGGAGAAGUUUCAGCAGUACAAAGACAUCUACACGGCUCUCAAGAAGGGCAAGCUUUGCUUCUGUUGUCGGACGAAGAGAUUUUCUUUUUUCACCUGGUCAUACAUUUGUCAAUUUUGCAAAAAACCUGUUUGUUCACAAUGUUGCAAAAAGAUGCGGCUCCCGUCCAAGCCCUACUCUAGCCUGCCCAUCUAUUCCAUUGGUUCCACAAACACUCUGCCCCGAGACAGGUUAACCGCCAUGGCCUCAGUGGGGCAGGGGCUCUCUGUGGCACCAGGGCCCUCCACAACAUCAGUGGUGACUGAAGCCUCACCAUCUCCAAAUCUAAGGGCUGCUAGAUUUAAAGCAGCAGGGAAGGCCUCAUCUGUGGCAUCUGCUCCUCAGCCUCAGAAAGGGGACAAAUCCUCCAGCAGUCCACACCGUCAUGGCCUACAAAAAACUAUGUCCAAAUUCUCCAAACAUGGCUCGCUGAAGUCCCACGAGGAGCUGGAGCUUCCCUCUGAGCUGACGGAGGACUGGGCCUCAAUGGAGGUCUGUGUGGACUGCAAGAAGUUCAUCUCCGACAUCAUCGCCUCCAGCAAGCACAGUCUGUCCCUAGCCACUAAGAGGGCCCGGCUAAAACGCAAAACCCAAUCCUUUUACAUGUCCUCUCCUAAAGGGAGAGAGGAGUACCGGCCUACAGAAAGAACAAUCAAUGAAAUAUAAGCUAUAAAUGGCACAUAUGGAGAUUGGAUGCAGUCUCCAAGGACUUAAAUAAUGAAAGCUGGAUGAAUUCAGUGGCUGUGUUUUAUGUGUACAGCUCUUAAAGACAGUAAUAAAAAAACAACAACCAGCUGAAAUAUUAUGACCACUGUAAGGCGCACGUGAAUAAUACAAAGGAUGUCUUCUUCAUUCUGUUAGGGAGGAGCACAUACAGUAUAGAGCAGCAAUGGGACUAUUUUUUUUUAAUCAUAGAUAUGUUUGGGGCUGAAUGCUUUAAAAAAUUGUCAAUGGCUAAAUUAUAUGUAUAUGACACUGUUUCAUGAUAAUAAUUGUGCAUUUUAGGUAUGCGGUCAUAAUAUUUUGCCUGAUUGUUGCUCAUCUGCCUUCAUUGUCAAUCCUUUAAUCUUUGGUCUGAUGCUUGACAAGAUUUAAAAUGGUUGCCAAUGCAAAGUGGGAAAAGCUGGGACUGCUGCAUCUUAUUCUGGACAAUAAGCACAACUCAGAAGGAGGAUAUGUUGGACCCUGUCAAGGGACGCACAAGCCACAUUGAUCAGGUUGUAAACUAGAGGAACACAAAAGUAUAUAUGCCAUACUUUUUAUAUGUUUUUGGUUCAGAUUUUUACAAGUGUGUGAGCAGUGCAGUACAUGGUUGUUUAAUGGAGAGCUGCACAGUGUUAUUAAUGACUUUUCUUGUCAUUAUUGGUAAGAAAGAAGGAAGAAGCUUUCCCUUUUUUGUCACAGAUGUGUACAGUGCCAAACAACUUAUAUAACCCAGAUCCCCUUUAACAGUCCUCAAAUAUACUAGGCUCCACUUAGAGCUGGCACUAACUAGCACGAAGAAAGAAUAAUUGGCUUAUACAUGGAGUUUAUUUUUGCUCACAGCUGAGUAUGAAAAACUGAAGCUUGCAUGCCCUGUCUGAGUCUCUGCAGGUCCUGUCUGGCUUUCUCCUGAUGCCAAAGAACAUGCAUGUGUCUGGACAAUUUGGUGAAACUAAAUCAUCAUGCCUACAUGUCAACAUUUCUUGGCUAGCAAUUUGACAGGACAACACUUGGCGGAUAUAGUUCACUGGAACACUGUCUGUUACUGUUAAAAAUUGAUGAGAGGACGAACCUAGGAAAAGUGACCAGAUCCAUGCCCUUAAACAAGCCCAUCUCAAAGAGCUUUUCUGUUGAGAUUUGUCUCUAUGUUGUUUGUGCAAAGUAUGAAGAAAAAGCAGUCUUGGUUCUUUCUCAAUGCUAUACUAAAGAACAAUCAAUACUAACCCAAAAUUAAAGCACACAAGUUCAUAAA